GAUGGAAGAGUAGCAUAUGCUCCAUGUGACUAAGGCCCCGCCUAGUCGAUGGUGUGCUUGUAUAUGAUUGGUUGUUGGAUCCUAACACAUGCAAACAUAAUAACGUGGUUUAUAUACUUUAGACAGGUCACGAGAAAUUUCUGAAUUUUCUUAUGGUUUUAAUGUAUAUUUUAUGUUAUCAUUCUCUUAGAAUAAUGUUUUAAAUUCAAAAAUCUCUGACCUAAAGUCUCACCUAUAGUUUAAUCGAAUUUUUUUUAGUAGGAUGGGCCAUUGAUCCAGGUAUUUGCGGUAAAUAACAAUUUUCGUCACGCUGCACAUACCUUUUGUGUUCACAAGCAUUCUGUUCUGAGCCGCUGAUUAUUAUCCGAGAAGGUAAAAUAAACUGAUUUGAUCUGAUCGUCUGCUUUACUUUAUUAUAAAGGUGUAGCUGCGUAUCAUAUUUGUAAACAGUAUUCGAUUACUCAAACCUUAGCGUUUAAAAGGAACCAACGUCAAUCACGGUUACCACGUGGUUCUUUGUAUUCUGCCUUCUCUCGAUGCGUGUGUUUUGAUGUCAUCCCGCCAUCUUGAGAUCGUUAUUUUACAAUGUGCUGUUAAAUAUCCUUAAUUCAUGGAAUUUUUAGUGAUCUGUAGAUGCGAAAGGCCGUAUUAAUGUGCUUGGGACGUAUUGGAAAGCGAUGAGCCUUUCAACUCUACUGGAAGCCGCAAAAUAUGUAGAAUACCAAGCUGAAGCUCAAGCACGUGGAGAAGAACCUCACGAUUACUAUACAUUUUCUAAACUCUGUGCUGCACGAAAAGAUGGUGUUUAUCCUACUCCCGUUGAGCACAUAUCUCCAAAAAAGCCCCCAAGCUUACCGAAUUCUACCCAUUCACCUGAAGAGAGUAAAGAGAAAAGACGAUCUAGUUCAUCUUCCUCCGGGUUGACAAAGGAUACUUCAUCUCACCAGGAGCAUUCUGGCACUGGAACAAGAGAAGUUCAUAACAAACUAGAAAAGAACAGACGUGCUCAUUUGAAAGAAUGUUUUGAGGCUCUGAAAAAGCAGCUUCCAAAUAUGGAUGAAAGAAAGACUUCAAAUCUGAGUAUUUUACGGGGUGCCCUAAGGUUUAUUCAGACUCUCAAACGCAAGGAGCGGGAAUAUGAGCACGAUAUGGAAAGAUUGGCACGAGAAAAAAUAGCAUUCCAACAAAGAUUAUCGACAUUGAAGAAAGAGUUGGCAUCGCAUUUGGAUCACAUUGAUGUGAAUAACUAUCCUAUUCCAGAGGAUGAUAAUGAAACCACUACAACUGCAUCUGAAUGUGGUGCCCUAAGUGAUUUUGAUGACAGUGAACCUCAAGAGGCUCCUCCUAUGCCCUCUGCUGUGACCUCAGAUUACACAAGUUCAUCCUCAUCGUCAACUACAAGUACCGUUCUUGUUGGACCUCAUACAACCUCAGCUUCUUCUGCUACACCUUUGGCUUUAUCAAAACAAGCUAUCUCAGGUGCUCAAAUAUCAAUUCCCCAUAAGGAGGUGGCAGCUCCCUCAAGCCUUUAUUUGCCAACUCUGGAAUCUGCAAUGACUGUUGAGAGUAAGGCACCAAUGAUUUCUACAGUGCCCUCCUCUCUAGCUCAGCUAUCUAAUGAAAGCCCUGCUCAAACAGCCAGAGUAUUUUCUACUGGAAAUUUACAUGCAAUGGCUGGAAUCUUUGCAACUCCUCAUGGCAUGCAAGUUAUUUCUCAACCCUCUGGCAUAAAAGUGAUCACUGCACCAAAUUCAAUAAUGGCUUCCACAUCAUCUGUUCAACACAUUUCAGUGAAUCACCAUCCUCAUAAUCAAAUUCAUGUUUUAACUCCCUCCUCUAGUGCAUCCUUUGCUUCGUCCAUCGGUGCAUCGUCGGCAAAGCCAUUUUCAGCCGAUUCACUAGUCCAGGUAGCCUCGAGUGCUGCAAAAGGCAUUUCUAAGCCUCAUCUGGUUUCACCUCUCGCUCUGGUUUCACCUCAAGCGAUGGUGGGAAUCAGCCAUGGUACUUCAGGAAAGUCACUGCCAAACAGUACUCACCUGUCGGAUCUAAUUACGUCCUCUGCUGUGUCCAACCUGUCUCAAAAUUCUGUCAAAGGCAACUCUGUCUUGUCUGGAGGCAUGGCUAUUGCCAUGAAGAACAACUUGCCAAGUAACAGUAUCACAUCUAGUGGCUCCUCACCGUCUGGUAUGAUAGCGACACUACACAUGAGUAAAUCUCACCCACAAGUGAUACAGUCAUCUCUGGCUUCCAGUAUCAUUACACAAGGAG